GUAUACUUGCCUCUUACCCUGAGAGAUGGUGGAACCAGUCGAGCAGUGCUGGUAGAUCGGAGGGUGCGGGGUGCAGUGCGAGGAGUGAUGAGCGCUUUGAGAAUUUUGCCUGGUGUGUGCAUCUUCCCAUCCUGCUUAUUGCCAGCAUGAGUUGUGGACGAGGAAGGGGUCAUCGUGGCCACCAUGAGCAUCAUGAACACCAUGGGCAUCAUGAACACCAUGGCCAUCCUGAACACCAUGGCCAUCAUGAACACCAUGGCCAUCAUGAGCAUCUUGAACACCAUGGACACCAUGGCCACCAUGGCCACGGCCAUCAUGAGCAUCAUGAACACCAUGGACACCGUGGCCAUGGUCAUCAUGGACACUUUGGACCCCUCCAACCUCAGGUUGUGAUUUGUGGCCCGACACAAACAACCACAACCACCUUUAAGAUUCCAGCUGAGGUUUCAAAACCAAUCAUGCAGCCUAGCAUUCCCUAUCUCGGACCAAUAGCUGGAGGUUUAAAACCAGGGACUCGAUUUCAUGUCGAAGGAACUGUUCACCCUAAUGCCAAAGAGUUUCAAAUUAACUUCAAAACAGGGGUAAACACUGCCGAUGAUGUCGCCUUUCAUUUCAACCCCCGGAUCGGUCAAUAUGUUUACAUGAACAUCUUCAAAAAUGGGAAAUGGCAGAAGGAGGAAUUGGGUCCUGAUAAGCCCUUUACUAGAGGAGCAUCCUUUAAAUUACUGUUUCUCGUUAAUACAGAUUUCUAUGAGGUCUAUGUGAAUGGACAGCUUCUCUACAAAUUCAAACACCGUAUUCCUUUCGAGAGUGUUACUACACUUGGAAUAGUCGGAGAUGUUAUAAUAUACUGGAUGGGUUUUGAAGGCUUUAGGCAAACUGACAUGACCACCUUCACCAUCCCAGCUGAGGUUUCAAAACCAGUCCUCCAGCCUAGCAUUCCCUAUGUCGGACCAAUAGCUGGAGGUUUAAAACCAGGGACUCGAUUUCAUGUCGAAGGAACUGUUCACCCUAAUGCCAAAGAGUUUCAAAUUAACUUCAAAACAGGGGUAAACACUGCCGAUGAUGUCGCCUUUCAUUUCAACCCCCGGAUCGGUCAAUAUGUUUACAUGAACAUCUUCAAAAAUGGGAAAUGGCAGAAGGAGGAAUUGGGUCCUGAUAAGCCCUUUACUAGAGGAGCAUCCUUUAAAUUACUGUUUCUCGUUAAUACAGAUUUCUAUGAGGUCUAUGUGAAUGGACAGCUUCUCUACAAAUUCAAACACCGUAUUCCUUUCGAGAGUGUUACUACACUUGGAAUAGUCGGAGAUGUUAUAAUACACUGGAUGGGUUUUGAAGGCUUUAAGCAAACAGUCAUGACCACCUUCACCAUCCCAGCUGAGGUUUCAAAACCAGUCCUCCAGCCUAGCAUUCCCUAUGUCGGACCAAUAGCUGGAGGUUUGAAACCAGGGACUCGAUUUCAUGUCGAAGGAACUGUUCACCCUAAUGCCAAAGAGUUUCAAAUUAACUUCAAAACAGGGGUAAACACUGCCGAUGAUGUCGCCUUUCAUUUCAAUCCCCGGAUCGGUCAAUAUGUUUACAUGAACAUCUUCAAAAAUGGGAAAUGGCAGAAGGAGGAAUUGGGUCCUGAUAAGCCCUUUACUAGAGGAGCAUCCUUUAAAUUACUGUUUCUCGUUAAUACGGAUUUCUAUGAGGUCUAUGUGAAUGGACAGCUUCUCUACAAAUUCAAACACCGUAUUCCUUUCGAGAGUGUUACUACACUUGGAAUAGUCGGAGAUGUUAUAAUACACUGGAUGGGUUUUGAAGGCUUUAGGCAAACUGUCAUGACCACCUUCACCAUCCCAGCUGAGGUUUCAAAACCAGUCCUCCAGCCUAGCAUUCCCUAUGUCGGACCAAUAGCUGGAGGUUUGAAACCAGGGACUCGAUUUCAUGUCGAAGGAACUGUUCACCCUAAUGCCAAAGAGUUUCAAAUUAACUUCAAAACAGGGGUAAACACUGCCGAUGAUGUCGCCUUUCAUUUCAAUCCCCGGAUCGGUCAAUAUGUUUACAUGAACAUCUUUAAAAAUGGGAAAUGGCAGAAGGAGGAAUUGGGUCCUGAUAAGCCCUUUACUAGAGGAGCAUCCUUUAAAUUAUUGUUUCUCGUUAAUACGGAUUUCUAUGAGGUCUAUGUGAAUGGACAGCCUCUCUACAAAUUCAAACACCGUAUUCCUUUCGAGAGCGUUACUACACUUGGAAUAGUCGGAGAUGUUAUAAUACACUGGAUGGGUUUUGAAAAAUGGACAAGUCCUUAUUUGUUCAAAGAGAGCAAAGUCAUACUAAUGCGAUGUGGAGGCUGGACAUUUAUUCCAUUACAGAUUUCCUACCUAAUCAGUAACCCAGUACUUCCCUAUGUGGGUGAAAUCCCAGGAGGGGUAAAACAAGACAGAGCUGUAGUUUUUCAAGGGACUGUUUCUGCAGAUGCAAACUGGUUUGUAAUAAAUUUCAAAGCAGGUCCAUCUGAUGGUGAUGACAUUGCUUUUCAUUACAACCCUCGCUUUGGUGAUCUUACCACCAUGAACAGCUUCAGAAACGGAAACUGGGAGAUGGAGGAAAAAACUGCCCAUAAUCCUUUCACCAAGGGAGGAGCCUUCAUAAUUCUUGUAAUCAUCAAUUCCGAGGGCUAUGAGGUCUUUGUGAACGGUUUAAGACAUUGCACCUUCAAGCACCGCAUUCCUCUGGAGAAAGUGUCUACUAUUAACGUUCGUGGAGACAUUUCCCUCCUCGUCUGGGGUUUCAUUGAUGGCUGGAGUACUACAUCAUCCUCAAAGGAGCUCAAGAAAAUCACAAGCACACAGAGCUCAACCUCGAGUUUCAAAUCUUCACAUUUAGAGAUUUCACAUCCAGUCAUUAGCCCUGCACUUCCCUAUGUGAGUCAAGUACCUGGACGGUUACAUCAAGACAGGGCUAUAUUCCUCCAAGGCACAGUUCUUGCGGAUGCUAGAAGCUUUACUAUAAAUUUCAAGACAGGGCCUUCUGAUGGUGAUGACAUCGCUUUUCAUUACAAUCCUUGCAUUGGUAAUUAUACCACCCUGAACAGCUUCAGAAAAGGAAACUGGGAUAAACAGGAAAAUGCACCUGAUAAACCAUUUACCAAGGGAGGAAACUUCCAAAUGAUUGUAGCCUUCAACUCUGAGGGUUACGAGGUCUAUGUGAAUGGUUUAAGACACUGCACAUUCAAGCACCGAAUUCCUCUAGAGAAAGUUUCAACACUUGAAAUCCGGGGUGAUAUUUCACAACUCAUAUGGGGUUUUAUAGAUGGCUGGAGUACUUCUUCAUUCUAUAUAGAACUUCAGAAAAUGCCAAUCACACAGAGUGUAUCCACAAUGUUUGGAUCCACACCUUUCCAGAUUUCACAACCAAUCAGCAACCCAACAUUUCCCUAUGUGGGUAAAAUACCAGGAGGGAUUAAACAAGAUAUGGCUGUAUUCUUCCAAGGGACUCUUCUUCCAGAUGCCAAAACCUUUGCAAUAAAUUUCAAAACGGGGCCGUCUGCUGGUGAUGACAUCGCUUUUCAUUUCAAUCCUCACAUUGGUGAAUAUACCACCCUGAACAGCUUCAGAAAAGGAAACUGGGAUGAACAGGAAAAGGCACCUGAUCAACCCUUCACCAAGGGAGGAGACUUCCAAAUGAUUGUAGCCUUCAACUCCGAAGGUUAUGAGGUGUAUGCGAAUGGAUUAAGGCAUUGUGUGUUUAAGCAUCGCGUGCCUUUAGAAAAAGUUUCAACAAUUGAAAUCCCUGGAGGUCUUUCCCAGCUCAUGUUUGGUUUUAUACAUGGCUGGAGUACUUCUUCAUUCUUUAUAGAAAUUCAGAAAACGCCAAUCACACAGAGUGUAACCACAAUGUUUGGAUCCACACCUUUCCAGAUUUCACAACCAAUCAGCAACCCAACAUUUCCCUACGUGGGUAAAAUACCAGGAGGGAUUAAACAAGAUAUGGCUGUAUUCUUCCAAGGGACUCUUCUUCCAGAUGCCAAAACCUUUGCAAUAAAUUUCAAAACGGGGCCGUCUGCUGGUGAUGACAUCGCUUUUCAUUUCAAUCCUCGCAUUGGUGAAUAUACCACCCUCAACAGCUUCAGAAAAGGAAACUGGGAUGAACAGGAAAAGGCACCUGAUCAACCCUUCACCAAGGGAGGAGACUUCCAAAUGAUUGUAGCCUUCAACUCUGAGGGUUAUGAGGUCUAUGUGAAUGGAUUAAGGCAUUGUGUGUUUAAGCAUCGCGUACCUUUAGAAAAAGUUUCAACAAUUGAAAUCCCUGGAGGUCUUUCCCAGCUGAUGUUUGGUUUUUUAUAUGGCUGGAGUACUUCUUCAUUCUUUAUAGAACUUCAGAAAACGCCAAUCACACAGAGUGUAACCACAAUGUUUGGAUCCACACCUUUCCAGAUUUCACAACCAAUCAGCAACCCAACAUUUCCCUACGUGGGUAAAAUACCAGGAUGGAUUAAACAAGAUAUGGCUGUAUUCUUCCAAGGGACUCUUCUUCCAGAUGCCAAAACCUUUGUCAUAAAUUUCAAAACGGGGCCGUCUGCUGGUGAUGACAUCGCUUUUCAUUUCAAUCCUCGCAUUGGUGAUUGUACCGCCCUGAACAGCUUCAGAAAAGGAAACUGGGAUGAACAGGAAAAGGCACCUGAUCAACCCUUCACCAAGGGAGGAGACUUCCAAAUGAUUGUAGCCUUCAACUCUGAGUGUUAUGAGGUCUAUGUGAAUGGAUUAAGGCAUUGUGUGUUUAAGCAUCGCAUACCUUUAGAGAAAGUUUCAACAAUUGAAAUCCCUGGAGGUCUUUCCCAGCUCAUGUUUGGUUUUAUACAUGGCUGGAGUACUUCUUCAUUCUUUAUAGAAAUUCAGAAAACGCCAAUCACACAGAGUGUAACCACAAUGUUUGGAUCCACACCUUUCCAGAUUUCACAACCAAUCAGCAACACAACAUUUCCCUACGUGGGUAAAAUACCAGGAUGGAUUAAACAAGAUAUGGCUGUAUUCUUCCAAGGGACUGUUCUUCCAGAUGCCAAAACCUUUGCAAUAAAUUUCAAAACGGGGCCGUCUGCUGGUGAUGACAUCGCUUUUCAUUUCAAUCCUCGCAUUGGUGAAUAUACCACCCUGAACAGCUUCAGAAAAGGAAACUGGGAUGAACAGGAAAAGGCACCUGAUCAACCCUUCACCAAGGGAGGAGACUUCCAAAUGAUUGUAGCCUUCAACUCUGAGGGUUAUGAGGUCUAUGUGAAUGGAUUAAGGCAUUGUGUGUUUAAGCAUCGCAUACCUUUAGAGAAAGUUUCAACAAUUGAAAUCCCUGGAGGUCUUUCCCAGCUGAUGUUUGGUUUUUUAUAUGGCUGGAGUACUUCUUCAUUCUUUAUAGAACUUCAGAAAACGCCAAUCACACAGAGUGUAACCACAAUGUUUGGAUCCACACCUUUCCAGAUUUCACAACCAAUCAGCAACCCAACAUUUCCCUAUGUGGGUAAAAUACUAGGAUGGAUUAAACAAGAUAUGGCUGUAUUCUUCCAAGGGACUCUUCUUCCAGAUGCCAAAACCUUUGUCAUAAAUUUCAAAACGGGGCCGGCUGCUGGUGAUGACAUCGCUUUUCAUUUCAAUCCUCGCAUUGGUGAUUGUACCGCCCUGAACAGCUUCAGAAAAGGAAACUGGGAUGAACAGGAAAAGGCACCUGAUCAACCCUUCACCAAGGGAGGAGACUUCCAAAUGAUUGUAGCCUUCAACUCUGAGGGUUAUGAGGUCUAUGUGAAUGGAUUAAGGCAUUGUGUGUUUAAGCAUCGCAUACCUUUAGAGAAAGUUUCAACAAUUGAAAUCCCUGGAGGUCUUUCCCAGCUCAUGUUUGGUUUUAUACAUGGCUGGAGUACUUCUUCAUUCUUUAUAGAAAUUCAGAAAACGCCAAUCACACAGAGUGUAACCACAAUGUUUGGAUCCACACCUUUCCAGAUUUCACAACCAGUCAGCAACACAACAUUUCCCUACGUGGGUAAAAUACCAGGAUGGAUUAAACAAGAUAUGGCUGUAUUCUUCCAAGGGACUGUUCUUCCAGAUGCCAAAACCUUUGCAAUAAAUUUCAAAACGGGGCCGUCUGCUGGUGAUGACAUCGCUUUUCAUUUCAAUCCUCGCAUUGGUGAUUGUACCGCCCUGAACAGCUUCAGAAAAGGAAACUGGGAUGAACAGGAAAAGGCACCUGAUCAACCCUUCACCAAGGGAGGAGACUUCCAAAUGAUUGUAGCCUUCAACUCUGAGGGUUAUGAGGUCUAUGUGAAUGGAUUAAGGCAUUGUGUGUUUAAGCAUCGCAUACCUUUAGAGAAAGUUUCAACAAUUGAAAUCCCUGGAGGUCUUUCCCAGCUCAUGUUUGGUUUUAUACAUGGCUGGAGUACUUCUUCAUUCUUUAUAGAAAUUCAGAAAACGCCAAUCACACAGAGUGUAACCACAAUGUUUGGAUCCACACCUUUCCAGAUUUCACAACCAGUCAGCAACACAACAUUUCCCUACGUGGGUAAAAUACCAGGAUGGAUUAAACAAGAUAUGGCUGUAUUCUUCCAAGGGACUGUUCUUCCAGAUGCCAAAACCUUUGCAAUAAAUUUCAAAACGGGGCCGUCUGCUGGUGAUGACAUCGCUUUUCAUUUCAAUCCUCGCAUUGGUGAAUAUACCACCCUGAACAGCUUCAGAAAAGGAAACUGGGAUGAACAGGAAAAGGCACCUGAUCAACCCUUCACCAAGGGAGGAGACUUCCAAAUGAUUGUAGCCUUCAACUCUGAGGGUUAUGAGGUCUAUGUGAAUGGAUUAAGGCAUUGUGUGUUUAAGCAUCGCGUACCUUUAGAAAAAGUUUCAACAAUUGAAAUCCCUGGAGGUCUUUCCCAGCUGAUGUUUGGUUUUUUAUAUGGCUGGAGUACUUCUUCAUUCUUUAUAGAACUUCAGAAAACGCCAAUCACACAGAGUGUAACCACAAUGUUUGGAUCCACACCUUUCCAGAUUUCACAACCAAUCAGCAACCCAACAUUUCCCUACGUGGGUAAAAUACCAGGAUGGAUUAAACAAGAUAUGGCUGUAUUCUUCCAAGGGACUCUUCUUCCAGAUGCCAAAACCUUUGUCAUAAAUUUCAAAACGGGGCCGUCUGCUGGUGAUGACAUCGCUUUUCAUUUCAAUCCUCGCAUUGGUGAUUGUACCGCCCUGAACAGCUUCAGAAAAGGAAACUGGGAUGAACAGGAAAACGCACCUGAUCAACCCUUCACCAAGGGAGGAGACUUCCAAAUGAUUGUAGCCUUCAACUCUGAGGGUUAUGAGGUCUAUGUGAAUGGAUUAAGGCAUUGUGUGUUUAAGCAUCGCAUACCUUUAGAGAAAGUUUCAACAAUUGAAAUCCCUGGAGGUCUUUCCCAGCUCAUGUUUGGUUUCAUACAUGGCUGGAGUACUUCUUCAUUCUUUAUAGAAAUUCAGAAAACGCCAAUCACACAGAGUGUAACCACAAUGUUUGGAUCCACACCUUUCCAGAUUUCACAACCAAUCAGCAACACAACAUUUCCCUACGUGGGUAAAAUACCAGGAUGGAUUAAACAAGAUAUGGCUGUAUUCUUCCAAGGGACUGUUCUUCCAGAUGCCAAAACCUUUGUCAUAAAUUUCAAAACGGGGCCGGCUGCUGGUGAUGACAUCGCUUUUCAUUUCAAUCCUCGCAUUGGUGAUUGUACCGCCCUGAACAGCUUCAGAAAAGGAAACUGGGAUGAACAGGAAAAGGCACCUGAUCAACCCUUCACCAAGGGAGGAGACUUCCAAAUGAUUGUAGCCUUCAACUCUGAGGGUUAUGAGGUCUAUGUGAAUGGAUUAAGGCAUUGUGUGUUUAAGCAUCGCAUACCUUUAGAGAAAGUUUCAACAAUUGAAAUCCCUGGAGGUCUUUCCCAGCUCAUGUUUGGUUUUAUACAUGGCUGGAGUACUUCUUCAUUCUUUAUAGAAAUUCAGAAAACGCCAAUCACACAGAGUGUAACCACAAUGUUUGGAUCCACACCUUUCCAGAUUUCACAACCAAUCAGCAACACAACAUUUCCCUACGUGGGUAAAAUACCAGGAUGGAUUAAACAAGAUAUGGCUGUAUUCUUCCAAGGGACUGUUCUUCCAGAUGCCAAAACCUUUGCAAUAAAUUUCAAAACGGGGCCGUCUGCUGGUGAUGACAUCGCUUUUCAUUUCAAUCCUCGCAUUGGUGAAUAUACCACCCUGAACAGCUUCAGAAAAGGAAACUGGGAUGAACAGGAAAAGGCACCUGAUCAACCCUUCACCAAGGGAGGAGACUUCCAAAUGAUUGUAGCCUUCAACUCUGAGGGUUAUGAGGUCUAUGUGAAUGGAUUAAGGCAUUGUGUGUUUAAGCAUCGCAUACCUUUAGAGAAAGUUUCAACAAUUGAAAUCCCUGGAGGUCUUUCCCAGCUGAUGUUUGGUUUUUUAUAUGGCUGGAGUACUUCUUCAUUCUUUAUAGAACUUCAGAAAACGCCAAUCACACAGAGUGUAACCACAAUGUUUGGAUCCACACCUUUCCAGAUUUCACAACCAAUCAGCAACCCAACAUUUCCCUACGUGGGUAAAAUACCAGGAUGGAUUAAACAAGAUAUGGCUGUAUUCUUCCAAGGGACUCUUCUUCCAGAUGCCAAAACCUUUGUCAUAAAUUUCAAAACGGGGCCGUCUGCUGGUGAUGACAUCGCUUUUCAUUUCAAUCCUCGCAUUGGUGAUUGUACCGCCCUGAACAGCUUCAGAAAAGGAAACUGGGAUGAACAGGAAAAGGCACCUGAUCAACCCUUCACCAAGGGAGGAGACUUCCAAAUGAUUGUAGCCUUCAACUCUGAGGGUUAUGAGGUCUAUGUGAAUGGAUUAAGGCAUUGUGUGUUUAAGCAUCGCAUACCUUUAGAGAAAGUUUCAACAAUUGAAAUCCCUGGAGGUCUUUCCCAGCUCAUGUUUGGUUUUAUACAUGGCUGGAGUACUUCUUCAUUCUUUAUAGAAAUUCAGAAAACGUCAAUCACACAGAGUGUAACCACAAUGUUUGGAUCCACACCUUUCCAGAUUUCACAACCAGUCAGCAACACAACAUUUCCCUACGUGGGUAAAAUACCAGGAUGGAUUAAACAAGAUAUGGCUGUAUUCUUCCAAGGGACUCUUCUUCCAGAUGCCAAAACCUUUGCAAUAAAUUUCAAAACGGGGCCGUCUGCUGGUGAUGACAUCGCUUUUCAUUUCAAUCCUCGCAUUGGUGAUUUUACCGCCCUGAACAGCUUCAUAAAAGGAAACUGGGAUAAACAGGAAUUUGCACCUCAUCAACCCUUCACCAAGGGAGGAGACUUUCAAAUGAUUGUAGCCUUCAACUCUGAGGGUUAUGAGGUCUAUGUGAAUGGAUUAAGGCAUUGUGUGUUUAAGCAUCGCGUACCUUUAGAAAAAGUUUCAACAAUUGAAAUCCCUGGAGGUCUUUCCCAGCUCAUGUUUGGUUUUAUACAUGGCUGGAGUACUUCUUCAUUCUUCAAAGAAAUUCAGAAAAUUCCAAUCACACAGAGUGUAACCACAAUGUUUGGAUCCACACCUUUCCAGAUUUCACAACCAAUCAGCAACCCAACAUUUCCCUAUGUGGGUAAAAUCCCAGGAGGGAUUAAACAAGAUAUGGCUGUAUUUUUCCAAGGGACUCUUCUUCCAGAUGCCAAAACCUUUGCAAUAAAUUUCAAGACAGGGCCGUCUGCUGGUGAUGACAUCGCUUUUCAUUUCAAUCCUCGCAUUGGUGAUUUUACCGCCCUGAACAGCUUGAGUAAUGGAAACUGGGAUAAACAGGAAAUUGCACCUGAUCAACCCUUCACCAAGGGAGGAGACUUUCAAAUGAUUGUAGCCUUCAACUCUGAGGGUUAUGAGGUCUAUGUGAAUGGAUUAAGGCAUUGUGUGUUUAAGCAUCGCGUACCUUUAGAAAAAGUUUCAACAAUUGAAAUCCCUGGAGGUCUUUCCAAGCUCAUGUUUGGUUUUAUAUAUGGCUGGAGUACUUCUUCAUUCUUUAAAGAAAUUCAGAAAAUUCCAAUCACACAGAGUGUAACCACAAUGUUUGGAUCCACACCUAUCCAGAUUUCACAACCAAUCAGCAACCCAACAUUUCCCUAUGUGGGUAAAAUCCCAGGAGGGAUUAAACAAGAUAUGGCUGUAUUCUUCCAAGGGACUCUUCUUCCAGAUGCCAAAACUUUUGCUAUAAAUUUCAAAACGGGGCCGUCUGCUGGUGAUGACAUCGCUUUUCAUUUCAAUCCUCGCAUUGGUGAUUUUACCGCCCUGAACAGCUUGAGUAAUGGAAACUGGGAUAAACAGGAAAUUGCAUCUGAUAAACCCUUCACCAAGGGAGGAGACUUCCAAAUGAUUGUAGCCUUCAACUCUGAGGGUUAUGAGGUCUAUGUGAAUGGAUUAAGGCAUUGUGUGUUUAAGCAUCGCAUACCUUUAGAGAAAGUUUCAACAAUUGAAAUCCCUGGAGGUCUUUCCCAGCUCAUGAUUGGCUUUUUAUAUGGCUGGAGUACUUCUUCAUUCUUUAUGGAACUUCAGAAAAUCCCAGUCCCACAGAGUGUAUCCAUAAUGCUUGGAUCCACACCUUUCCAGAUUUCACAACCAAUCAGCAACCCAGCAGUUCCCUAUCUGUGUAAAAUACCAGGAGGGAGUAAAACAAAUAUGGCUUUAUUCUUACAAGGGACUGUUCUUCCAGAUGGCAAGCGAUUUACAAUAGAUUUCUCUGUUGACAAAGACAUCGCUUUUCAUUACAAACCUCAAAUGGGUCAACAUACCAUUCUGAACAGCUUUAGAAAUGGAAACUGGGAUAAACAGGAAAUGGCACCUGAUAAACCCUUCACCAAGGGAGGAGCCUUCCAAGUGAUUGUAGGCUUCAACUCUGAGGAAUAUCUGGUUAUUGUGAACGGAUUACGCCACUGCACAUUUAAGCAUCGCAUUCCUUUAGAGAAAGUUUCUGAAAUUUUUGUUCACGGAGACGUUGCCAUUCAGCUCAUUGGUUUUGUUGAAGGCUGGAGUAGUUCUUCAUUCUUUAUGGAACUUCAGAAAAUCCCAGUCCCACAGAGUGUAUCCAUAAUGCUUGGAUCCACACCUUUCCAGAUUUCACAACCAAUCAGCAACCCAGCAGUUCCCUAUCUGUGUAAAAUACCAGGAGGGAGUAAAACAAAUAUGGCUUUAUUCUUACAAGGGACUGUUCUUCCAGAUGGCAAGCGAUUUACAAUAGAUUUCUCCGUUGACAAAGACAUCGCUUUUCAUUACAAACCUCAAAUGGGUCAACAUACCAUUCUGAACAGCUUUAGAAAUGGAAACUGGGAUAAACAGGAAAUGGCACCUGAUAAACCCUUCACCAAGGGAGGAGCCUUCCAAGUGAUUGUAGGCUUCAACUCUGAAGAAUAUCUGGUUAUGGUGAACGGAUUACGCCACUGCACAUUUAAGCAUCGCAUUCCUUUAGAGAAAGUUUCUGAAAUUUUUGUUCACGGAGACGUUUCCAUUCAGCUCAUUGGUUUUGUUGAAAACUGGAGAAUUGCAUAAAUUAUAAAUGGGCAAAGCACACAUGGGCAAGAUGUUCCAAAGGCUGAAAAUUUUGCAGCAGUAAUUUUUUUGAAAGUGUGGAUAGAUGUCAAAAUAAUCUCUUGUUAAAUUUGAUAUUACCUUGUUAUCAUUGUUUUUGUACAAACUAUACAAUUUGGGACAUGAUGCGAUUCUACACUAGACAUUUUACCAACCAGUCUGAUCAACAGAAAUCUUAACAAUUUAAAGCACACUGCCUCAACUUCCUUAGUUUUCAGACAUUUACAGACAAUUAUAUUCAUAAUAUUAUUUGCUAAUUACCCUUAUAUGUAACAAUUAUACAUCAAUGUCCAGAAAACAAAAAUCCAAGGUAAUUUUUAAAUACUAUACCAUCUCAGGUCAGACAUUUACUUUAAAGUUUUUGAUUCAUAAUAAAUUUGCUGCGAGGCCUGUUUGGAUACUUCUCGUGACAAUGGAGACAAAUUUUUAUUUUUUUUUCUAUGCAGAAAUGCAGAAUGAUGUGAUAAGGCCGUCCAGAAGCUACAAAUUAACUUCUGGGCAGAUAUUUGUUGAAGGGUAGCUUGUCUGUGCAACACUACACUAGAAAGGCUUUAAUAUUUUUAAGCUUGCUUUAUGAUUCUCAGUUAGAGAGACUCAAAGGAGGGAAUCAGGGAACAUAAUGUUACUUUUCUUUCACUUGUCUUAUGGGCUAAGGGGCAAACAUUGGUUAUUCAUAUUUACUCCUGUUUUAGAUUAAAAUACCUUUUAGGAGCUAUGGUGUGUUUUACCUUCUUCUGGAUUAUGGCUUAAUUUGUGCUGAAAAUGGAAAUCUUUAAACUGAUUUACUGCUGAAUUUCUCUGUUAAUUCUAAAUAAAAACAACUUCAGGUA